CCUCCCCCCCAGAUCUCUCUCCCCCCUCCCCCCCUCUGAGAUCUCUCCCCCCCCCCAGAUCUCUCCGCCUCCUCCCCCCGGGCUGAGAUCUCUGUCUUCUGAAAACCAUCUCUGCACAUGCUAGCCCCAGGUGAGCCUGCAGACAACCAAAGGCUAUUCCAAGGAGAGAGCCUGGAGCCAGAGAGAAUGACCCCGGGGGCCCAGAGACCCCCAUCCCAGGUCAGCUUUCAGACAACCAAGGGCUAUUCUGAGGAGAGACAAUGGAGCCAGAGAGGAUGGCCUCUGGGACCCAGAGACCCUCAUCCCAGGAGUUGGUGACAUUCAAGGAUGUGGCUGUGGAUUUCACCCAGGAGGAGUGGCGCCUCUUGGACCAUUCUCAGAGAGAGCUGUACAAGGAGGUCAUGCUGGAGAAUGUCCAGAACCUGCUCUCUGUGGGAAUUCCAGUCUCUAGAGAAGAUCUGAGCUCCCCUUUCCAGGAAGGUCCAAGGGGCUUCUGUCCAGGUGGAGAGACCAGAUUUGAAGUGAAGGAUAUGACUACAAUGGUGAGCAUUCUUAUGGAAGAAUUUGGCCAGCAGAGAUUUGAGAGUAAUGGUGCCUGUACCUUCAGUCUUAGAGAAAUUUGUGACUCUAAUAUCAAGGUGGAUAAAAAUCCAAAAAGAAUCUGUGAGGUUGAUGAAAUUAGAAAUAGAUUCAUACAGUCUAAAAUUCUAGCUAACAGUAAGAGAAUGACCUCAUGGAAUGACUCUUUUCAGGACAGUGAAGAUAGUAAAUGCUUUCCUAAACAACUAGAGGCUUUUAAGGCUCAGGAGAAAUCUCUUGAAAUGCAGAUGUAUCAAGGGAAUCAUCUGGAAAUGGCCAUGAAUUUGAAUUCUGAUGUCAUUAGAAAUCAGAAAAGUCAUAUUGGAGAAAUGCUUUAUGGAAGUAAAAAAGGUGGGAAAGCCUUCAGUCAGGACUCUAAGCUCAAUACUCUUCAGAAAUCUCACAUUACAGAGGAGCCUGUUGAAUAUAAGGAAUUUGAAACAAGCAUAAACCAUCACUCAUCUCUUCCUUGCCAUCCCAGUUUAUACCCUAUAAUGAAAAGAUAUACAUGUCAUCACUGUGGAAAUGCCAUUGAUUGGAACUUGGAUUUUAUUAGGCAUCAGAAGAUUCACAUUGGAAAAAAAUUUUAUAAAUGUUAUCAAUGUGGAAAGACUUCCAGUCUUAUUGUACAUCAAAGAAUCCACACUGGAGAGAAGCUUUAUGAAUGUAAUAAGUGUGGAAAGACUUUCAGAAGGAGCUCUAAACUUGCCGAACAUCAGAGAAUCCACACUGGAGAGAAACCUUAUGAAUGUAAUCAGUGUGGAAAGACUUUCACACACAGCUCCUAUCUUAGUAGACAUCAGAGAAUCCACACUGGAGAGAAACCUUUUGAAUGUAAUCAGUGUGGGAAGACUUUCUCAGACAGUUCCAGUUUUGGUAGACAUCAGAGAAUCCACACUGGGGAGAAACCUUAUGAAUGUAAUCAGUGUGGAAAGACUUUCAUACAAAGCUCCCAUCUUCUUGCACAUCAGAGAAUGCACACUGGAGAGAAACCUUAUGAAUGUGGUCAGUGUGGAAUGACUUUUGUACAUAGUUCCAGUCUUGCUAAGCAUCAGCGAAUCCACACUGGAGAGAAACCUUAUGAAUGUAAUCAGUGUGGAAAAACUUUCACAGAGAGUUACAGUCUUGUUAAGCAUCAGAGAAUACACACUGGGGAGAAACCUUAUGAAUGUAAUCAAUGUGGAAAGACUUUCACACAAAGGUCCAAUCUUGUUGACCAUCAGAGAAUCCACACUGGAGAGAAACCUUAUGAAUGUAAACAGUGUGGAAAGACUUUCACAUGGAGCUCUAAACUUGCUAAGCAUCAGAGAAUCCACACUAGAGAGAAACCUUAUGUAUGUAAUCAGUGUGGAAAGGCUUUCACAAAGAGCUGUAAACUUGCUGAACAUCAGAGAAUCCACGCUGGAGAGAAACCUUAUGAAUGUAAUCAGUGUGGAAAGACUUUUACAAGAAGCUCUAAACUUGCUGAACAUCAAAGAAUCCACACUGGGGAGAAACCCUAUGUAUGUAAUCAGUGUGGAAAGACUUUCACAGAGAGUUCCAGUCUGGGUAGACAUCAGAAAAUCCACACCGGGGAAAAACCCUAUGUAUGUAAUCAGUGUGGAAAGACUUUCUCAGAGAGUUCCAAUCUUGCUGCACAUCAGAGAAUUCACACUGGGGAGAAACCCUAUGUAUGUAAUCAGUGUGGAAAGACGUUCACACACAGCUCUUAUCUUGGUAGACAUCAGAGAAUCCACACUGGAGAGAAGCCUUAUGAAUGUAAACAGUGUGGAAAGACUUUCAGAAGGAGCUCUAAACUUGCCGAACAUCAGAGAAUCCACACUGGAGAGAAACCUUAUGAAUGUAAUCAGUGUGGAAAGACUUUCACACACAGCUCCUAUCUUAGUAGACAUCAGAGAAUCCACACUGGAGAAAAACCUUUUGAAUGUAAUCAGUGUGGGAAGACUUUCUCAGACAGUUCCAGUCUUGGUAGACAUCAGAGAAUUCACACUGGGGAGAAACCUUAUGAAUGUAAUCAGUGUGGAAAGACUUUCAUACAAAGCUCCCAUCUUCUUGUACAUCAGAGAAUGCACACUGGAGAGAAACCUUAUGAAUGUGGUCAGUGUGGAAUGGCUUUUGUACAUAGUUCCAGUCUUGCUAAGCAUCAGCGAAUCCACACUGGAGAGAAACCUUAUGAAUGUAAUCAGUGUGGAAAGACUUUCACAGAGAGUUACAGUCUUGUUAAGCAUCAGAGAAUACACAAUGGGGAGAAACCUUAUGAAUGUAUUCAGUGUGGAAAGACUUUCACACAAAGAUCCAAUCUUGUUGACCAUCAGAGAAUCCACACUGGAGAGAAACCUUAUGAAUGUAAACAGUGUGGAAAGACUUUCACAUGGAGCUCUAAACUUGCUAAACAUCAGAAAAUCCACACUGGAAAGAAAUCUUAGGCAUGUAAUCAGUGUAGAAAGACUUUCACAAAGAGCUCCAAUCCUGUUCCACAUCAGAGGAUGCACAAUGGAGAGUAACCUUAUGAUUGGUGUGGAAUGGCUUUUGUACAUAGUUCCAGUCUUGCUAAGCAUUAAAUAAUCCACUGUGGAGAGAAACUGUAUGUAUGUAAUCAGUGUGGAAAGGCUUUCACAAGUAGCUCUAAACUUGCUAAACAUCAGAAAAUUCACACUGGAGAGAAAUUUUAGGAAUAUAAUCAACGUGGUAAAAGCUUCAGGCAAUAAUCAUCACUUAAUUCCUAUCUGAGCAUUCAUAUUAUAUAGAAAUCCUAUCCCUAUUAUAAAUGAAGAAAGGCAGCCAGUUUUCAUUUAGAGCUUGUUCAAAAUUGUAAGGUUAAGUGACUUGCCCAGGGUCACACAGCUAGUAAGUGUCUAGUGUCUGAGGCUGGAUUUGAACUCAGGUCCUUCUGAAUCCAGGGCCGGUGCUUUAUCCACUGCCCUACCUAGCUACCCAAGACAAUUCAGUUUUCUGAGCAGUUCUAUAUCAACUCAUUGUGAGAAGGAUUGCAGUCAGAUAUAUUUUAUUUCAGAGGAUUCACUGUGGAGAAAAGACUUAAUGAAUAUGCUGAAGGGCAUUUGUCUCAGGGAGGGUGAUGAUUAGACAACAACAUUGAUACUGGAAUGAAGGUGUAUAAAAGGAGUGGUUGUGGGAAGGGUUUCACCUACAGCUCAUACUUUUCUGUCAUUUGGGGCAAUCAUGCUGGAGAGAAAUCUUAGAGAUCUAAAUACCAAGGGAAGGUCUUUUGUUGCAACACAGACUUCAUUAGACCUUCCAAUAAGAGACCUCAUUUAACAUCCCAAAUUUCACCCUAUUUAUAAAACCCUAUAAAUGUAAUGAAUUUUCUGAAAUUCUACAUUUUGUGACAUUCAUAUACUUAUCCCUUCUUCAGCCAUUCUCCAAUUAAUUGGUAAUCACUGUGUUUCCUGCUUUUUCCUGCUAUAAAAAUUCCUGGUAAGAGAAUGGGAUGAAUGGGUGGUGAGUGUGCUGGAGAAGGCAGGAUAGAAUGUGGCCACCAGUGGAUAUAAUAGGGUUUGCCUUUUCAAGGCAAUGGGCCAUCACUUGGUAUGAGGCAGACAUGAAAGAGGAGAAAAUUGAGAAGAAAACUGAUAGGAGAUGAAGAGUGGAGAAGAGGGAGCUUUGUAGCCAAUGUCAAGGUGCUCGGUGAAGAAGGUGGCAGGAGGAAAGCUAUAGAACAUUUAAGAAGGGAUGGAAAGAUUUGAACAAGGGGCUGUGCUGAGUGGGAUGGUGAAUACAUUGUUUUUGCUGUUCAGUCAUGUCAGGCCUUUUGUGACCCCUUGUCCAAAGCACUCCAGAAUCUUCUGUCUCUACAAUCUCCCAAAGUCUUUCCAGGGUCUUGUUCAUUGCUUCCAUGACACUAUCUAUCAGUCUUAUCCCCCGCAGUCCCUUUUCCUUUUGCCUUCAGUCUUUCCCAACAUGAGGGUCUUUGGGGAUGAGUAGGUUGCCAAAGUAUUUAAGCCUCAGCUUCAGUAUUUGGUCUUCCAGUGAAAAGCCUGAAUUUCCUGAAAUCAACUCAGCCAAUACAUAAAGAAUUUAUUUCCUUUCUGUUCAAUGGACUCUUCUGAUGUUCAGUUCUUUCUCUGGAGGUGGAUGCAUCUUCCUUCUGUGACAUUUAGAAAGGUUUGAGAGACAUAAUUACUGGGUAAUCUAAUCAUUUUAUUAGUUAUAAAAUUAUUUUAUUAUUUUCAAGUUAUAUGUAAAGAGAGUUUUCCACAUUGGUUUUCAUAAGAUUUUUAGUUUCACAUUUUUCUCCUUUCUUCC